AUGCGUCUGUGGGAGGCUUGGGCUGGCCGGAACCGCUUCUGCUGCGGUGGCUGGAUCAUGUUGCCAGGGGCGAUGUUCCCCUGCGUUGCGGCACUUCCCAUCAUAGUUGGGAUCUGUGGGGCUUUCUACGUCCUUGAGCUUCAGAGAAUUCCCAGCUCGAUCGCAUGGUGCCUGGCCAUAGCAGGCACCGCACUUCUCAUCCUUUCGGUCGGGUCGUUCCUAUGCACUGCGACAUCGGAGCCCGGGAUGAUGCCAAGGGCCUCGGCCCUGACGGCGCUGACGCUGUCCUCGGCGGGCCGGAGCAGCGUGGAGGAUCUCUGCAGGGAGUAUGCAGCCAUCGGCUACACGGCGCAAGAGGUGGCGGCCAUGGAGGAGAAGCUUCUGCGGCAUGUGCAAAGUUUUCCCAUCCUUGCUGAGGAUGCAGAACCCACGCCGGCCGCCAUUGAACAGGUCAACCAGUUUUGGGGCCGCCUCUUCAAGGACAAGCGCUUCAUGCACCUGAAAUGGUGCUCGACCUGCGAGAUACGGCGGCCUCCUGGUUGCUCUCAUUGCAGCCACUGUGACAGUUGUGUCCGCGGCUUUGAUCACCACUGUCACUGGGUCGGCAACUGCAUUGGCUCUCGCAGCCACAGAUGCUUUUUGACUUUCCUCCUUGCAACAUCGUGGUUGGCAGCCCUUGUCAUAGCUACAUGCAUUGGUGACAUCGCGGUCGAGAUUGUUGGCCAUUGCAGGCAGCAUCCGGAUUUGCUGAGCAGCAACAGGCGCAAGAUUUUGGCCGGUCUCCUUGCGACAAACAGCAUCAUUCUUGGGGGAACCCUGCUGUGCAGGCUUGUGCAGACCUACUGCAAAACCUGGUCCCACAAGAGCCGGCAGCAACCUUCACGUGUCCUUGCGCAAGCUCAAGCGAUAGGACUGGCGAGUUUGGCAGGUUUGACGGCAGUCUGGAUCUUUCUUGCUGCCUGUUUCGGAGUUAUUCCACUUGUGCCCCUCAUGUUUCUUGUUGUGACUUCGGCUUUUUCCUUCGGCCUAUGUCAGAUGUUGCUCGAGCAAGUUUCCAACUUGGGCCACGGGCUUACUCUGAAGCAACGUGUCGUACUGGAGAGCAGUCCAGCCACCGCGGCCCCCCGCAGUGAGUUCAAGCUGGGCACAUUCUGCGCAUUCCUUUCGAUCCUCCGGGAUGCCAGCAAGGCAUCGCGCGCACGCCAGGAGGAAGACGCGGAGCUUGGAGGCGCGGCUCAUGCGCUGGCCCUGCGCUCGCUCGGUCGCCGCGAGGUGCCAUCGGGGAGGCUAUUGGACGUGGUCGUUUGCUACUGCUCCGAGCGUCUGUCCUGGCUGCGCGCGUUCCACAAAUUGCCCUGGCGGGACGAAAACCGUUCUGCCGCAAUUCGUGAACUGGUGACGUUGAGAAUCUAUCACAAGUGCGGUGGGUAUGGCAAGGGCGUGCGCGAGGCAGAAACCGAUCGCCUUCGCACUGAAUGGGGGCCAUAUUUUCGCGACGUCGAUGUGCGCUACGUGGACGACGUCCUCCGUGCCGAUGACGACUCGGCGUAUCUGGCAUUUAUCAUCGACUGGUACGAAGACUUGCCGGAGUAUACCGUGUUCCUUCAUGCCGAUGCGCCAGAGCACAUCCCGUCCCUGGAGCUUCUAACAGAUUCCGUUUACGCUGCCAUCCGUGGGUUCCUGCCGGGUGGUAUUGGCUUCGUGCAUUUCGCGCACAACUACGUGCUGUUGGACUGGGGCUGUGACCAGAGCAGAUCUUGUGAAGGUCGUCAGCUUGAGCCGGAGUUCUCCACCCUCUGGAAGCGUGUCUUUGGUGCCUCCAUCGCGCCAAGCCUGGCCGCUGGGCAUGUGAAUGCCUACUGCUGUGUGCAGUUCAUGGUUAACCGUGGCCGUAUCCACUUGAGGCCCAAGUCUUUCUAUGAGCGCGGGCUUGCAUACUUUGGGACCACGGCCGAGUCCUACCACCGGCUUUUUCCUGUGGGGCGAGUGGUUCGGAAGGCUGAUGUGUUCGGCCGCACUCCGGGUCAGCUCGCGAUGUACAUUUGGCAUGCCAUGUUUGGCGAAGCACUGAAGCUACCCCGACGGCAGCAGGACCAGCGGCUCCCAUUGUUCAUGAAGAUCCAGAAUGUGGAGGUGGAGGCACUGGAGGAGGACGGCACCACCUCAGAUGCCGAGAUAGAGCAGCUGGCUCACGCAAGCAACCUGAUCGAGGCUGGUCGCAACUCGAUCUCCGCCCGUCUAGGCAAGAUGGCGCAGCCCUUCGGCGCUCCUUUCCAGGAGGGUGGACCCGCCAGCGCCCCCAACACCCCGCAGCCGAUCCCCCUCCAGCACCCGAGCCCGGGCCCGCUUGGCUCCACUCCCUGUUCCAGCUACCAUGCAAGUCCAUCACUGAUGCAGCCUGCUUCCGAGCGCCCUGUGCCCAACGCUGGCAACUUCUGGCAGCCGCGCCAGGAGCAGCAGUUCCCCUGGGCUGGAAAUCUGGCUGGAAAUUUUGCUUUACCUGCUGACAUGGCCGCUUCAGAGGCCAUGCUGCGACGGUUCUUUGAAAAUGACGCCGGCAGACCUUCCGGCAUGGCUGGCGGGGCCUGGCCGGGUCAGAAUAUCGGCAUGCCUGAGAUGGCCGGCGCAGCCCACACCGCAAUGGAGGCAAUGCCCGGCAUGGCCGCGGAAGGCCCGAGAGGACUCGAAGCCCAGGCGGCUGCAGUGACAACUGGACCACCGCCUGGCCUCUUUCUCAAAGCACCGGAAGACGAGGACGAGGAUCCUGACAGGGGUCUUGCGGAACACAUGUCGCUUGCUGUCGCGCAGUUCCUUGCGGGUGGAGAUUUCGAUGACGAGGAGGAGAGCGACACAGAACCUUCACGAGAUCCACUGCUCAGUGGGGCCCCCAGCAACUUGCUCCCGCAAGCGAUGCCGGAGGCUGCCAGCAGCUUGCUCCCGCAAACGAUGCCGGAGGCCACCAGCAUGAUGUUCCCGCAGUUGGCCCCGGAGGCCGCCAGCACCUUGCUUUCGCAAACGAUGCCGGAGGCCACCAGCGCGCUGUUCCCGCAACUGACGCCGGAGGCCGCCAGAACCUUGCUUUCGCAAACGAUGCCGGAGGCCACCAGCGCGCUGUUCUCACAACUGACGCCGGAGGCCGCCAGCACCUUACUUUCGCAAACGAUGCCGGAGGCCACCAGCAACUUGCUGCCGCAAACGACGCCGGAGGCCCCCAGCAACUUGCUCCCGCAAACGAUGCCGGAGGCCGCCAGCACCGUGCCGCCAACGAAGGCGGAGGUCGCCAGCGCCGCCAAGAGAAUGUUCCCGCAAGUGACGCCGCAGGUCGCCGUCUUGCUCUCCCGAAUGACGCCGGAGGCCGUCAGCACCCUGCUCCCGCAUAUGUCGCCGGAGGCGGUCCGUGCCUUGCAGUCGCGAGUGAUGCCGGAGGACCCUUCGAGACUCGAGGCUGCCGCAGCGGCUGCUGCGAUGCGCAGAGGCUACUGA